AUGAAUACAAUUAAGGCAUAUUCAUAUUUAUUCCUUCUAAUUUGCUUCCUCACAUUCACAUAGGCAUAAAUUUCUUAGGAAUAUAUCAAAUAAAGCGAGGUUUUUGUAAGAAAUUCUAUUGAGAAUGGUCUUUUGAACUUUGAAAACUUAUACAAAGAAGGAUUUAAUUAUAAAGCACUAGCUGACUUAAACGUAAUUUAAAGCGCAAAUGCUUGCUCGUUUUUGCAAAAGUAAGGAGAUAUCCAAAAGCUUCUCACUGAUUCUAAAUCUAUAUAUUACUUCUUGAAGCUUAAGUAAAUGAUUCCUAAAUGCAACAUAGAAUACUCAACAGCUGCUAUCAAGGAAGUCUUACAAAAUGAAAGCAGCAGUGUUGAUACUCCAGAAUAAGUUUACUACACAACAGCUUUGGCAUUUGAAUUAAAUAUGGAAAAGAUCUACUCUUAAACAUGCGGUUUAUAUAUGAUAUACCUCCAAUAAGAUGGUACUUCUAGAGUCAGAUCAUAGGAUUAAGAAAAUAGAAAUAAUAUUGCAACUGGAUAUAUUUUGGAUACCUUGCAACUUUGCUUGUUGUAAUAAUAGUAAGGUAAUUAAAAUCAAAUCAAAAAAUCCUUUAACGAAACUGAGGUUCUCAAGUUUAUUGAUAUUCCUUUAGAAAGUAUCUUAGUUAAUUCAGUUUAGGUAGAGAAUAGAUAAAUAUGUAUUUUGGAGAGCACUUUAACUUUGGAAGUUACAGCAAAAAUUUAUAAAUUUUUCACAACUGUUACAGCUAUUUAGAAUCUUUAAUCUUAUAAAACAUUCCAAAGCAAAUUCAAAAAUGGAAUUCUCAGCUUCUUAAAGGAAAAUGCUAAUUCUCAAAUUCUCAACCCUAGUGAAAAGUUUGAGCUCGUCAAUAUUUAUUUGAAUGCUAAAGAUUCAGAUGUUGUCACUGUUAAAAAAGCCCUUUAUGAUUUAAAGACAAAAUAAUCCUCUAUUUUAGUUCAUUACGAAAAUAUUCUUGGUGAAAAAACCCAAAAAACUCAACCUCUCAAGGCUGCUCUUUACAGACGUGAAAAAUUAGUCCAAGCUGAUAUUUUAUCUACAAAUAGCACAAAUGAAUAAUGGCCACUUGAAUUUAAGAUUAACAAUUCAUUAAUUACUGAACCUGGUUUCCAUUAUUUGAAAAUUUAUAAUAACUAAGAAGAAAUACUAUCAGAAAAGGUGCUCUUUACUACCACUUUAACAGUUAAAAACAUAGAAUUUGAAGUUGCUUAAGGAAAGGGAAAAAUACCUAAGAAAUACACCCACUCUUACAAUCUUAAGACUAAAAAGGUUGAAAAAGUUCAGGCAAACCAAAACUCUUUUGUUUAUGUUCAAUUCGCUUUUUCUUUUGCAAAUGAAAAAUAUUAAUUCUCUCCCUCUCAAGUCGCUAUUCGUUUGAGACACCCUACUUUUAAAGGUGUUACCCAUCUUGUUAAUGCAGAAUAUGAUGAAAUUUCCAAUUCUUAUCUUGCAAUCGUAGACUUUGGCGAUCCUUUAAUUAUUUUACCUUACUCAGCCACUUAUGAAGCUGAAUUAAUCAUUGCUGACCAAAGACUUACUUAAUAAAUUGUUCAUAAUUUUGUAACCCUUGAAACCACUUUCAAAACUAACCGUAAUGACAAAAACCCACCUAAUGAUGCAGAUUACAUACUCCCUAAGCCAAUUUCAUAUGUAAUUAAUGACGAAAUCAAGACUCCUCCUAUCCUUUUCAUUUAUGCUGUUGUCUUUAUGAUGGCUUGCUGUUUCAUUUUCUUCUUUGUUAUGCUAAAUAAGAUAGACUUGAAUUGGGAUAAAUACAACAAUUUAUCUGGAUUAUAAAAAAUCUAUGUUCAAAUCUUUAUACUUUCAAUAUUAAUAGCUUUCUCCUUACUUCUACUUUUCUGGGUAUAGAUUAACCUCAUGGAAACAGUUACUUAUAUUUGUGCAGGAAUCAUCCCAUUCUUAAUAAUUGGUAACUUAGCACUUAACAGUUUAACUGGAAGUAAAAAGUAAAACUGA